AUGGGGCGUCUCCUUUGCGGUUUCGGGCUGCUGUUCUGGUCCCCGUUGAUCGGCUUCAUCAAUGUCAUCUCUUCUGUCCAGACCUUGGAAAUGAAGCUUCCCCCAGAGUGGUUCCGUUAUCUUCAAGAGCAUUUUUCGCUGGGAUAUAACCUGCUUGUCAAUUACCUGCCCGUCCUCGCUCUGAUGGUGGUGCUCUUGAUCUUGCCAUGCGCUCUGGAGUUCAUCUCUGUGUACAUCGAAGGGCGGAAGUCGAUGAUCGAGGUCUCGCUGUCGGUGUCAGGAAGGAAUUUCUGGUUUCAGUUUUUCUCUCUUUGGUUGACAGUAUUCAGCAGCUCGCUAUCGUCCUCAGUGCAGCAGAUCCUGGAACAUCCAGCGUGUAUCGCUAGCAUCUUGGGAAACUCCAUCCCCCAAGUUUCCGUAUACUUCACGACGUUUGUCAUAGCGAGGAUCGGAAUCAGCCUGCCUCUUCUCCUAGUUCGCGUGGAUGUGUUGCUGGCACUGUUUAAACCGCAAAGCAGCUCCAAAGCCGGGCGCUCCAGCAGUGACACAGACGGGGAGGCGCAGGUGGAUUCUGAUUCCGAGGGAGAGGAGGAGAGAGCAGGUGAGGCUGAGGCACCGGCGCCGGUGUCUUGCUACUUCGCCUCCGAAGUGACCAACAUCACAAUAGUCUUCGUUCUCGCCCUGAUGUACUGCGUGGUUGCUCCGCUCAUGAUGCCUGCUUGCUUGAUCUAUUUCGGCGUGGCCUUCAUGGUCUACAAGUGGCUCUUUGUUCAGGUUUACUCCAAGGAGCUAGACCUGAUGGGUGAACUUUGGUACUCUACUUUCUGGGGACUCAUCGUGGGCCUGGCCUUCGGCGUCAUUUCCUUGGCGGGUCUGGCCGCGGUCUAUCGUGGGGCGAGGUGUCCUGAGUUCUGGGCCUUGUGGACGCUGGCCUUCAUCAUCGCCGCCUUCGCGCAGAACUGA